CCUUACCACACUGCGCUGAUGCGAUUACAAUGCAAGGUGGACGAAAGCCACCGGGGAAGGGGAGAGAAGGAAAGAGGGUGUUUCGCCUGAAAGCAGCGAGCAAGACACCGCCAGCGCGAACACAAGCAAACGAUGCUGCCCAAGAGAACAGAUCGGACGAUCCUAGCUGCGCCGUUGGUGGAGGCGGGGCUGGUGGCGCCUCUGCUGCUGAUACUCCUGUCAGUCAAGAUAGCUUGCCGAGGCCGCCACCGACUGGCCCGUCGCCGAGUGAUAUCCUUCUCACCAUGGAGCAGCAGCUGCGGUCAGGGAUCACUCCGACCCUCCCCACCUCUGCUGAUGACAGGGCGGGGCUUUUGGCGAGCUCUCUUGUGCCAAACGACAGCAGUGGUAGCAGCAGCAACAGCAUGACACUGCCUGCCCAUUCCUCCUCCUCCUCGGGCCCGCUCCCUCCAACACCAGCACCGACAACUUCACUAGGCAAUUCGUCGUCGAGCGUUUCCUCCUUUGUCGUUCCGAUAACUCCUUCGUUGACGAAGAAGCGCGGGAGAACAUCAGGAAGAGGUAUUGUGCUUCCCGGAAGCAUCGGCCGGGGCGGGGGAGGGGCGGCGGCCCCCGAGCUAUCCUUCGUUGUGGUGAACGAGUGGGCGUUUUCGGAAAAGAAGAAGAGAGGCGUCGAGGUUGUCAAGAAGCCGCCAUUUUUCUCGGAGCUGUGGAUGAUGAUGGCCGCGUUCGGCGACCCCCGGGGCAACGUAACUUGUAAGUGCUCCGGUCACGGGGAGAAGGCGUGUCCUUGUAUCGAGGGUGUCGCCGCUAUGGAGAAGCUGGUAAAGGCGGUGGGGAUCCGGAUGGUGCAUGUCUGCCGCGAGUGGUCGGCCCCAAGCCGAAUUAGGGUCAAGCAUAUCUGGAUGACCAUGCCGGGAGAGAUGCGGGAGUACAUGGCGUGGAAGGAGGCCCACUCUAAGAGGGGAACAAAAAGCGAGGUGGAGAGGGGGGCGGACCUGCGCCUGAGCGACGUGGAUGACGAUGACGAUGAUGAUGACGACGAUGAAGACGAUGAUGAUGACGACGACGAAGACGAUGAUGACGACGAUGAUAAUUAUGUUGCUCACAAAGGUGGCAUGAACGUAAGGGGCGAUAGCAACGGCGAUGCACCGGCAAGAAACAAGGGGAAGGGCGCGAGUAGUACAGAACCAAACGGGGAAAUCACUAGCGGGGGUGCAGGAGCAGCAGCGGUAGCAGCGCCAGUACCCUUGGUAGGAGGGACGAGUUCAGGAAAGGGCGCUGCUGCGAGUGGGGGCGCCAACGCCGAUGCUGACAAGGCGAUGGCGGGGGUUACGCACGGUGAGGCCACCCCUUGGCAAAAACAGCACAUCCUGCCAAAGAAUAAGCACCGCAAGCAACAGCACGAGGAAGAGAAGCGGAGCGAUGGUGAUGGCGGAGCGGAGGCCAGGGAGUGGGCAGCCGAGGAGGAAGAGGUGGCCAGCCGCAUAGAAAAUCGCAAGAGGUUCGCUGACGAAAGGACGGUUGGCAUGGAAGAGGAGGACUACGUCAAAACGUUUUUCGAAUUCAGGAAGGCUUUCUUUCUGAAGGGGCGCUGCCGGACCAAUCCGCACAGAGACAGGAAGAAGAACCCCCCAGGGUCUCGACCUUUCCUGGCGAGCUACCUCGAACUGCAGGAUCCACAGGAGGCGAAAGACAAGAAGCUUCUUGAAGCUCUGGCUUUUAUGAUGUAUGACUACGUUGGCAGGGUGAUUGAGGGGGCGAUACGGAAGAGGACUGGGGGGCGGCUGGUCUGCGAUGACUCGGACGCGAUGCUUUCGGCGGAGGAGAUCACUGCGGCAGGCGCCGCCCUUCCACCCCUCUCCGGCCGUGAGCAACGGGAGAACGUGCGCGCUUUCCGAGCCGCCAACCCGGAAGGCAUCGCAUACAACCGGCCGUUGAGUCGUUUCCCCAUCGGGCUCGAGUACAGGGGGGAUCCGCUGCGCUGGCCGCGCAACACGAUAGAGGGGGGCCGCAUGCUCGUGGGGGGCGGGGAGGUUGUGGACACAAACGACAAGAGCCUCGCUGAGGAGGCGAUGGCGCUCUUUGAGAGUGAUUUCGCGGACUUUUGAUUGGUGGUGGUUUUCGAUUAUAGGCGGACUUUUUCGACUCUACUUCGGACUACACUUUUCCAUUUGCUGCUGCCUUUUUUUUCCCAUGUGUCGUCGUUUGGUGUGUUGUGGAAAUCCUCCCCCCGCCCCUCCCCUGUUUUUUUGGUCACGAGUGGAGACGAGACAGACACACUUGACCAGGUCCCAGGAAAAGGACGUGAUGAUGCUCUUGGAGAGCGAUUUCGCCCACCACGGAUCGUUGACUGUGCUUCACGAAGAUGGGCCCGUCUCUAAUGGCCUCACUGUCGCCAACGGCGUUCAGACGUAGUGGAACGCGUUGCAAA